AUGUCGUGGACGACAGCGACGCCGCCGCCGCCGUCGAAAUGGCUUGACCGUGUCGUGUUCCUCGGCACGGGAACCAGCUCACAAGUGCCUAGUAUCCACUGCCUAACCUCUCCUGGAUCUCACUGUGCUACGUGCCACGAUGCGGUGAAGCCAGGUAGUAAGAACCGCCGCUUCAAUACGUCUGUCGUUGUAGUGGGCAGCGAUCCUGCCGAGCCGGGGAGCGAGGCCACGAUCCUUAUUGACUGUGGCAAGUCCUUUUAUGAAUCAGCUUUGCAAUACUUUCCCCAACAUGGACUACGUCGGAUUGAUGCUGUGCUGCUUACGCACGGACAUGCCGAUGCCAUCUUGGGCCUGGACGAUUUGCGGAGUUGGACCAUGGGGGGAUGCAUUCAAUCCCAUGUGGAUGUAUAUCUCACACCGGAAUGCAUGACUACGGUACGGUCCACAUUUCCGUACCUUGUAGACAAGUCUUUUGCUACGGGUGGGGGCGACGUGGGUGCCCUACGUUGGCAUCUCAUUGACUCGUCCACACCUUUCCGUGUGGGACCCAUGCAGGCCCUUGUCACGCCCUUGCCUGUAGAGCAUGGGUUUUCUAACGGGGGUCGCACACCUUUCGAAUGCCUAGGAUACCGUAUUGACGCAAUGAGCUACAUUAGUGACUGUCAUUAUAUCCCGCCGUCGACCAUGUCGCUGAUGCACGGUAGCAGCAUGGUGAUUUUAGAUGGACUGAAGAUGUCGCGCCAUGCUAGUCAUUACUCGAUCCCGCAGGCCAUCGAUUCUAUAUUGCAGCUGGCUCAAGACAGUCCCAAGGAGCUCUCUCUCACGUUUCUCACGGACUUGACGCAUCGCAUUGAACAUCAUGCCAUGGAAGCUGAGCUGCAGGAGUUCCUAGGUGGCAUGCGGGCCUGGCUCCACGCCCAACCUUCGCCGCCCACCGGUGCAUGGUGGCAUACAAUCUGGGAUGCGCCGCGGAAUGAAAAGACCGAGACGCUCGGCCUACGUCACAACUAUGGCAUGGCGGCGGCGCAUCCUCGUGUGCCUCCGAUGCACCUCGCUUGGGAUGGUCUGCAGAUCGAAUUUUGCAAGGCUACCACGUGA